CCCCGCGCCUCUUUCCGCUUCCGCCGCGUCCCGGCCGCGCCUGCGCGCAGCAGCCAGGGGGAGCGGCGCCGUGCCGGGAGCCGCGGGCGGAGGGCCUCCUUCCCCAGGGGAUGUGGCAGCUGUGAUUUUGGUUAGUCCUCCCUAGAAGAUCUUCCAUGAUCCAGUUAUGAGAAGAUGUUUAGGAAAGGCAAGAAACGGCACAGCAGCAGCAGCUCCCAGAGCAGCGAAAUCAGCACCAAGAGCAAGUCUGUAGAUUCCAGUCUUGGAGGACUCUCCAGGUCUAGUACUGUGGCCAGUCUAGAUACAGACUCUACGAAAAGCUCAGGACAAAGCAACAGCAAUUCUGACACCUGUGCAGAAUUCAGAGUCAAAUAUGUUGGUGCCAUUGAAAAACUGAAACACAGUGAGAGCAAAAGCCUUGAAGGGCCCCUGGACCUGAUAAACUACAUAGAUGUGGCACAGCAAGAUGGCAAGUUACCUUUUGUUCCAGGUGAAGAGGAGUUCAUCAUGGGGGUGUCCAAAUAUGGCAUCAAAGUCUCAACGUCUGACCAGUAUGACGUGCUGCACCGCCACGCGCUGUACCUGAUCGUGCGCAUGGUCUGCUAUGACGAUGGGCUGGGCGCGGGCAGGAGCCUGCUGGCCCUGAAGACCACGGACGCAGCCUCGGAGGAGUGCAGCCUCUGGCUCUAUCAGUGCAGCAGCUUGGAGCAAGCACAAGCCAUCUGCAAAGUGUUGUCUACAGCCUUUGACGCGGUGCUGAUGUCAGAGAAGUCCUGAAGCCCUGCAGCAGCCUUUGUGUGAGGAACAGACUCCUGCCACAGACCCAGAGGGGCCUCGCUGUGCAGGGCAGAGCCCCCCAGCCUGGCACACGGUACUGGGUCGUACCCCAGGCGUCACUUGAAGGAACCAUUCUGCCCUCAGCGUCCAGGACAAGGCAGAGUUUUGUACUGAACCUGAGUUUGUUUUCCCCAACUCCUGUUUUGUACAUCAGUGGCAAUAGAGAUGUAAAAUAAACCUGACACUGCCUCCUGCCUCUACCUGA